AUUUUUAAUAAGGCGUCCAAAACAGCAGACGAACGAUCCAACAAUAGAUAGCCGAAAUAUUGUGAAUUACUAUCAUAUUGCAACGUUUUUUUACUCUAAAAGAAUACGCAUUUUUUCCUUUUCACAUUAAAUCGUUUUCGGAAUUUCUUGGUAAGUUUAAAUUUCAGUAUUAGUCAGUUUUUAUGGUAUGCAAUAACGACGAUUGAUUCUCUCACAUAAAGAAUUCUUGUAAGACGUAUAAAAGCAGGCAAUUCUAAAUUAUCUAAAUAGACCUGUUUUGAGCUUUUGAAUGAUAUUGUUUACAAAGGUUUAACAAAAGUUUACUCCUAUAUUGAAAUAUUUUUUGGAAUGGUAUAAUUAUUUUGGAACCAAUUUUUUUCAGGCCUCCGUAACAUGGGAGAACAGCCGAUUUUUAAAGUGAGAGCUUUUGUAUUCCAAAUAGACCCAGAGUCUAAAAAAAGUUGGGUUAAAGUUAGCUCUGGCGAAGUUGACGUAAACUUUUAUAAGGAUGUUGCUAAUAAGGCCUAUAGAAUAAUUAGUGUAGAAGGAACAAAAGCACUUAUUAAUAGUACACUAACACCAAAUAUGGUGUUUAAUCGCACCUCUCCAAAAUUUGGGCAGUGGUCCGAUAGUCGAGCCAGCACUAUUUACGGAUUAGGAUUUCCACAAGAUAUUCUAUUGGAAAAAUUUCAGGAGCAUUUCAAGGAAAUAGUUGACUUACUUAAGAAUGAAGAAAAUAUCUUUUCGACCUCAAAUGAUAUUCAAAACAAUUCUAAGCCUUUACCGGAAGACAAGCGAAACUCCCUUCAGAAUAUGGACUCACUCAAAUAUGAAAAUGAUCGCUUGAAAUUAGCUCUUGCGACCAGUUCAAACAAUGCUAAAAAGUGGGAGGUUGAACUUCAAACUUUGAAAAAUAAUAACGUUAGACUAACAACUGCCCUUCAAGAAUCUACAGCGAAUGUAGAAGAAUGGAAAAAACAAUUAGAAGCUUAUAAGGAUGAAAAUGCUAAAAUGAAACGAGCCCAACAACAGAACGGCGGCGGUGUCCAAGUUAUGGAAUUAAAACGAGAAUUAACUGAUAAUGUUGAUAAAAUCGUUGAUUUGGAAAGAUCGAAUAAACGAAAACAGCAGGAGAUAGACGAACUUGUAAUUAAGUUGCAAGGUGCCCAAAAGAGCGUCUCCGAAAGUAAUAAACUUGCCGAAGCCUUACGCAAUACUGAACAUCAAUUAGAUAUUGCUAAACAGCAAAUUAUUGAUUUAAAGCGACAAAUAAAUGAGUCGAGAAACAGUCAGAGUCAACAGAAAACCAAAGUUACGACAAUUCAAGAACAAAUUCGUGCUAAAAUUCACGAACUUUCACAAUUGAAUGAUAAAAUGCUCUUGGAGUGA